ACCCAAAAUCGAGCGAUUCUCUCCUCUUUCAGCACUUCCUUCAUCAAUCUGCACCACCACCUCAAACCCUAGAGCUUCAACAAUGGCACCAAUUGAUCCACACUCCUUCACCGAUUCAACACACCCACUAACAAACCACGUCGCUCUCUCCCUCUACUUCGAUUUCUCCACCUCCACCAUCAUUUCCUCCGCAUUGCUCACUCUAUGCGCUCCUCAUACCGGCGAUCUCCUCCUUGACACUCGUUCUCUCACCAUAACCUCGGUUAUCGACCCAACCAACAAUACCCAACUCCCGUUUUGUCUUUCUUCCGACGUCGACCCCAUCAAGGGUCAACCGUUAACUGUUUCUCUCACUAACAAUUCGAAAAUCUUGAUCACUUUUGUUACAUCUCCUUCGAGUUCAGCCCUUCAAUGGUUAACCCCUCCUCAGACGUUCAACAAGAAGUUCCCUUUUGUGUAUACUCAGUGCCAAUCUAUUCAUGCCAGGUCGAUUUUCCCGUGUCAGGACACACCCACAUCACGUGUUCGAUACAGUGCCAAGCUGAACAUUCCACAUCAAUUAUCGGCUGUUAUGAGCGCGAGACAUGUUGAAAGGAGGGCCCCGUUGGCUGGGGGUGAUGCAGAUUUGGCUUGUGAUGAGUCCUUGUGGUGUGCUGAAGGGAGAGUGGUUGAGGAGUUUACAAUGGAACAGCCGAUUCCACCUUACUUGUUUGCCUUUGCUGUUGGAGAAAUUGGGAAUAGGGAAGUGGGUCCAAGAACUAAGGUUUUUGCAGAGUCUGUGCCUGCUGUUCUUGAUGCUGCGGCGAAGGAGUUUGCGGGUACUGAAGAUAUGAUUAGGGUUGGAGAGAAAUUGUUUGGGAAUUAUGAUUGGGAGAGGUUUGAUUUGUUGGUUUUACCUCCUAGUUUUCCUUAUGGUGGGAUGGAGAAUCCGAGGAUGGUGUUUUUGACUCCUACGGUGAUCAAGGGAGAUGCUAGUGGGGCUCAGGUUGUAGCACACGAGCUUGCUCAUAGCUGGACUGGGAAUUUGAUCACUAACAAAACUAAUGAUCACUUCUGGUUGAAUGAGGGAUUUACAACUUAUGCAGAAAGAAGAAUAGUUGAGGCUGUACAAGGGGAGGACAUAGCUGCAUUAAAUAUUGGAAUUGGUUGGAAGGGUUUGGUUGAUGAAAUGGAGAGGUUCAAAGAUAACAUGGAGUUCACAAAACUCCUAACUAAUCAAGAAGGGGUGGAUCCUGAUGAUGUUUAUUCUCAAGUUCCAUAUGAGAAAGGUUUUCAAUUUCUGUGGCGUAUCGAGCGUCAGAUUGGGAGGCCAGCCUUUGACGAGUUCCUUAAGAAAUACAUUGCUGCAUUUAAGUUCCAAUCCAUUGAUACAUGUAUGUUUCUUGAUUUCUUGGAAACAAAUGUUCCUGGAAUAGAGAAGGAGAUUGAUUUAAAAACAUGGACUGAGGGUACUGGCAUCCCUCCUGAUGCCAUGGAGCCAGUUUCUAACAUCUAUACAAAGAUAGUUUCACUAGCAAACGAGUUUAAACAAGGUAGGAUGCCAAGUGAGGAAGAAGUUGCUAACUGGCAUGGGCAGGAAUGGGAGCUUUAUUUAGAAAAUCUUCCAAAAUCUGUUGAAGCUUCACAGGUUACAGCCCUGGAUUGCCGAUACAGGCUAUCCGAAUCAAAAGACUACGAGGUGAAAGUAGCAUUCCUGCAACUAGCGAUUGCUUCAAGAUGCAGUGAAUACUAUAACGUUGUGGAGAAAACCUUGAAGGAAGUGGGGCGAAUGAAAUACCUUCGCCCGUUAUACACAGCACUUGUUCAGGGGAAUGCAAGCAAAGAAGAAGAGAAAAUAUUUGCACAAAGGGUUUUCUCAGAAGCUCGAGAAACUUACCAUCCGAUCGCUCAAAGUGUCGUCGAGUCGAUUCUUUCCAAGCAUCUCUAAAUGUGUAAGAUAAAAUGCCAACUCAAAAGACUUGUUAGUUUAGUGGUUUAAAUUUGAUGUGGAUUCUCUCUCUCUCUCUCUCUCUAACUUUAGGCUCAAGUUCAUGGACAUGCGACUUUAUUUUGUGGGUACUUUUGUAUAUCGAGAUGGUUUCGCCAUCUUCUUUGGUAAGCUCGAAAGAAAGGUUCAAAGAUUUUGGUGUUCGAACCUGCAUGAAAACCUUUGCUUUGCAGGUUGUUGAUAUGGAAAACCUCAAGGAUUUA